AUGUGUUCCUUGUCUUUCUCUUGGCUAUGGUCACUGUGGUUGUGGGCUGCUCCAGUCCUUUUGCUUCUGGGGCUGGUGCAGUCACUCUCAUGCACCCGCUGGAAGUCUGUGUCUAACCAGGGUGUGUACCAGGAUGGAGAUGUGGUCAUUGGAGGGCUUUACAGUCUGCACUACCUGCCUCCAGAUAUUGACAGUGAUUUUACUCACCCACCACUAUUUAAAAUGUGUUCUGGUAUAGAGGAUCUCCCAAUGCAGUACAUCUAUGCCAUGAUCUUUGCGGUGGAUGAGAUCAAUGACAAUGAAAACUUACUGCCAGGGGUGAGUCUUGGCUACCGUAUACUCGACAGCUGUGCCCUGCACCCAUGGGCAAUGGAAGCUGCACUGUCUCUGGUUGGAGGAGACAGGAUUAAAACAGUUCCAUUAAUUAUAGGUGGUGCGUCUUCAAAAACAGCCAUUAUACUAACAGGUGUCCUUGGCCCACUUUCUGUACCUCUAAUGAGCUACCAGUCAAGUUGCCCAUGCCUUAGUGACAAAAGGCAGUAUCCAAAUUUCUUCAGAACAAUCCCAAGUGACAUCUAUCAAGCUCGGGCCUUGGCACAACUGGCCAUACAAUUCCAGUGGAGAUGGAUUGGAGCAGUGGUGGCAGAAAAUGAUUAUGGACUUGUGGCAGUAAAGGUUUUCCAAGAGGAGAUUGAAAAAUCCGGGUUCUGCAUGGCUUUUGUCAGAACUCUGAGAAGAGAAAACAUAGUAUCAGAUGCCAGAGAAGCGGCUCUCACCAUUCAGGCCUCAACUGCUAAAGUUAUACUCGUUGUUUCCUGGUACACAGACAUCAGAGAGCUAUUUGUCCAACUGGACAAAAUCAAUGUGACGGACAGACAGUAUCUGGCCAGUGAGGCCUGGAGCACGAGUGGGGACCUCCUCCAACAUCCUGCCUCUUCAAGAGUGGCUCAAGGUGUUUUUGGUGUGGCCAUUCGAAGUUCUAAUAUAGAGGGGUUUGAAAAUUACAUAAAAAGUUUACACCCUUCACAACGUCCAGAUAAUGAGUUCUUAAGAGAAUACUGGGAAAAGGUGUUUGGCUGUACUCUGUCUUCUCCCUCCUCUCCUCUUCCUCCCUGUAAUGGGACAGAGUCCCUGUAUGGGGUGCGGAGUCCCUUCACCGAUAUGUCCCAAUUAAGGGUCACAUAUAAUGUUUAUCUGGCAGUUUAUGCAGCAGCUCAUGCCAUUCACAGCCUUUUAUCCUGCCCCAACAUUGAGGCCUCUGCUGCCACGUCCAACUGCUCCUCUCCUCAGAGUGUCACACCUGCACAGCUUCUUGAGCAUCUGCGGACAGUCAAUUUCACCACACCUCAGGGUGAGAAGUUUUAUUUUCAAGGAGGUGAUAUUCCAGCGAAAUAUGAUCUGAUCAACUGGCAGAAGACUCCUGAAGGGUCACUCAGACUGGUUCUAAUCGGACGAGUGGAUGGCUUUGACAUUGUUCUCAAUGAAACAGCGAUUCAGUGGAGCACAGGAUCAAGUCAGGUCCCUGUGUCUGUAUGCACAAUGAGCUGUGAGCCUGGAACUCGAAAAGCCAUACGUAAAGGUGAACCUGUCUGCUGUUUUGACUGUAUUCCCUGUGGGGAUGGGGAAGUAAGCAACAAAACAGACUCUCUACAGUGUGAUCGUUGUCCACCUGAGUUUUGGUCCAAUCUUGCCCGAACGUCCUGUAUCCCUCGACAGCUGGACUUCCUCUCCUUUAAUGAAACUCUGGGCAUCACUCUAACCACAGUGGCUGUGUCUGGAGCUGUAGUGACCACUGCAGUCUUUGUGGUGUUCCUUUACUACCGACAAACACCUAUGGUUCGAGCCAACAACUCGGAGCUGAGCUUCCUACUUCUGGUGUCUCUGAAACUGUGCUUCUUGUGCUCUCUGGUGUUCAUUGGUCGGCCAUCGGUCUGGUCGUGUCGCUUCCAGCAGGCCGCCUUCGGCAUCAGCUUUGUGCUGUCUGUCUCGUGUCUCCAGGUCAAAACUAUGGUGGUUCUAGCAGCUUUCCGCUCGGCUCGCCCAGGUUCAGAGUCUCUAAUGAAAUGGUUUGGUCCUAAUCAACAGAGAGGGAGUGUUGGUAUUUUCACAAGUAUACAGGUCCUUAUCUGCAUUAUUUGGCUUUCGCUCAAUCCUCCCAUCCCUCAGCCUGACUGGGAAAUGACUGGAGUGAAGGUCACUCUGGAGUGUGCCAUGGCGUCUGUGCUGGGCUUCUCUCUGGUCCUGGGAUACAUUGGGCUGCUGGCCUGCACAUGCCUCCUCUUAGCUUUUCUGGCUCGAAAACUCCCAGACAACUUCAAUGAAGCCAAACUCAUCACUUUCAGCAUGUUGAUCUUCUGUGCUGUUUGGGUGGCCUUUGUCCCUGCCUAUGUCAGCUCUCCUGGAAAAUACUCUGUAGCGGUAGAAAUUUUUGCUAUUUUGGCCUCCAGUUAUGGUUUAUUGUUUUGUAUCUUUGCUCCAAAAUGUUUCAUUAUACUGUUGAGGCCUGAAAACACUAAGAAACACCUCAUGGCUAGGUAG